AGUAUUGAAUAGCACUUUGAGCUAAGUGGUUGCAUAGGAAUUUGUGGUGCAACAAAAAACUGCGGUGAGGGACUUAACAGAAAUAGCAGAAAAAUGAAGAUGACCUAAAAAAAAUAAGAAAGGGUCAGCAGUAGUAAAGUUAGUUGUUUUUGUGCAUUUUAUCUUUAAAAAAAUUGUUGAAAAGCUUCUUGCACGAUUGUUUGUGAAUGGUGUUAUCAAAGAACAAUCUUUUAAAAGGGAGCUCUUUUGAGAGAGAUUAAUAAUUUCCUUGAAAAAGACAACACUCAACCUUUUACAGGAAGGAUAUAAUGGAAAAAAAAUUAUGGAGUUGAAUUACUGUAUAAAGCGGAACAUUAACUCUCUUAGUGUUGAUAGAGAGAAAAAUCAGAAACUCGUUUGGGACGACAAUAUUCAGAAUCAGAAGAGUGUAGUCCAGAGUUUUUCAGAACCAAAUAGAGAUUAUGCGUGUGAACAAUCAUCUGCUAUACAUUGCCUCAAAUAUGUCUUAACUAUUGAACAUGAGAAAAAUAAGAAUUUUAUAUACUCAGAAAAGAGUUGUUUUGUGUGCCAAAAAGUAUUUGAAAAUCAGAGAAUAUUCGAAGAUCAUAUGAAGAGACUACACGGUAAAGAAUUUACUAUCAAAACAACGAAUUGUUUAAAGAAAGUUUUAGAUUUGGAAAUAGAUUUUCAGGCAAAAGAAAGAAAAUUUAUAUGCCAAAUCAAACCUUCCAAGACGUAUUUGAGAGUGGAAAUUGAACGGGUUUUUCUGGUGUUUCCUGAAGAAAAUGAUUUUCACAUUUUAUCAUUUUAUGAAGCAGGAAACAUUACAAAAUUUGAUAUACACUGCGAACUCCUUUCAAUUGCGAAUCACCGCUACUCUAUCAUACUAUUAAGCACUCUUGUCGACAAGAGAUCAGUUCUAACACAGUAUCACAUUAUGGUAAAAAAAGCGCUGAGACAUGAAGACCCGAGAUCAGAAGAGAUAAAAAAUACAACUUCUAACUUACAAAGUGACUUAAGGAGAAUGGUUUUAGAUCCACUUCCAAUGCACUACCCAAGUAAUAUAAUAAAAGAAUUGCUAAGUCCAAGCCGAAAGAAUUUUAAAAGCUUCAAUUUGACCCAAAAAGCCAAAGAUUUGCAAAUGCUUAUUAGCUACUUCUUGGAUAACGGUGUAAAUCAGAAAAUUUAUGUAAAGUUCUGGGAGACCCUCAUCCAGAUGGAAGAUUGUGCCGUAUCAGAGAAAUUUUCACAAAUUGAUAUGGGGCAUGUAAAAUUUACAUGCAUUUUACAGAACAAACAAAUAUUAUACUUACUGAAAGUGCCCAAUCUCUCCGAGCAUUCAUCUACCAUAUUGGAUAAAAUGCAGAAUGUGGAAAUUUCGCCAUCUCAUUGUCCCUCCAAAAGGAUGUAUGCUUACAUUCAACAAAUACGGAAUAGUGAUAUUCUACUGGAGAUGAAGAAUAGUGAUGUUUUGGAUAAGGAUAUCUCUUACAAUGUGCACUUUUUGACGAACAGGAAGGCUAUUCGAUGGGAGAUGCAAGCGCUCAGUUAUGUGAAGAAAUAUGAUUUAUCGCAAUUUUUCUUUCCAACAACUGUAUCAAAGCAUUCGAUUGAUUAUACUGGAUUUGAGUGGAUUAAUGAGAAUGUUAAGAGCAAUCCUGAGCAACAGAGCGCUAUUAUUCAUAUUGUGGGAAAGGCAUCAUUCCCUGCGCCCUACAUUCUCUUCGGACCUCCAGGCACAGGAAAAACCACAACGAUUGUUGAAGCAAUCUGCCAGAUCUUAAAACGAAAUCAGAAUACUAAAAUCCUGGUAUCCACGAGUUCCAACAAUGCUUGUAAUGUCAUAGCUCAUCAGCUCCUACAAUAUCUUCCUGAAAAGUCGAUUUAUCGCAUAUUUGCGGUUUCCAAGGAAGCAGAUUUGGACUCAAUUGAUUUUAGAUUAAAGGAAAUUUCGAAUUUGAAAUUUGGUUCGCACUACUAUCCUCAUCUGGAUGAAUUAGCUGGAUACAAUGUUGUUCUUACAACAUUUGCAAUCGCUGGAAUAUUUGCUCAGGCUAAUAUCAACUGUACUCAUUUUUCUUAUGUGUUCCUUGAUGAAUCUACUAAUGGCACUGAGCCUUCAACCUUGGUCCCAAUUGCUGGAGUUAUAUCAUCACGGUAUAAAAUUCACGGCCAAAUAAUUUUAGUCGGUGAUCCUAAGCAAUUGGGACCGAUUGUGUUUUCGGACAAAGCUAAGAGACACCUAAGUGUAUCCUUACUCGAACGCCUAAUUGAUACAGGAAUCUAUACCAGAGAUCGUCAGUCAAGAAAAUACAAUCCUCGAUUUAUAACGAAAUUGCUCUAUAAUUUUCGUUCGCAUGAAAAAAUCCUAGAAUUUUCGAAUCACCAGUUCUACAACAAUGAAUUGGUUGGCAAAGGUAACCCAGAAAUAAUCCAUUGGGCUUGUGAGUGGGAAUAUUUGCCAAACAAAUCAGUUCCUAUUCUAUUUGAGCACGUGUCCUGUAAAUCGGUUCAAGACGAUAAUUCACCUAGUUGGUAUAAUCCAGAAGAAGUCAAACGUGUUGCAUUCUACAUAGAUAAACUCAUAAGACGGAAAAGAAUUAAUGGUAGAGCUAUCACACAAAACUGUAUUGGAGUUAUUACUCCUUACAAGAAACAAUGCCAGGAGAUAAUGAUUGAGUGUAAAAAGAGAAAGUGGGAGAAUAUUGAUGUGGGAUCAGUGGAGCAAUUUCAGGGUCAGGAGAAACCUAUAAUAAUUAUGUCAACUGUUCGAUCUAGGACGCCUGGUGUGGGGUUUUUAAAUAAUCCGAAACGGCUCAAUGUGGCUCUCACCCGAGCUCAAGCUCUUCUUAUAAUUGUGGGAGAUACUGACACACUAAAGAUUGAUCCAACUUGGCGACAAUUUAUUGAUUUCUGUAUGAGGAAUAAUGUAUUAAAAGUCAUCAAAGCUGAGAAUGGGAUCACACAACUGGAUAAUCGUCUAAUUCAACAAAAUCGUCCAAGUGAGGCAUUUCCAUUGCACACUCGUGUUAAUGAUGCUCCCUUGAGAUUACCAGACGUUCCUCGUGAUGUUCCAUCAAUUUCAUGGUUCAACCCCAAUUGGCAAAAUAUUUCAUCACAGUCUUCGAUCCAAUCACAGAAGAGCUCAUGUUGCAAAUGCACUAUAUUAUGAAUAUGAAGAAGUUAUAUUGUUUUAAUAUUGUUCGAGCAAUAAAUAAUAAUUAUAUGUU